AUGGGAAUCCCAGAAUUUGGAGAUGAGAAAAUCAAGUGCGUUCAGAAAGAGAAAGAAGCUCUUCUCAGGUUGAAAGGGGAGUUUUUGGACGUUCCUGGUCGAAUUUCUUCUUGGGGAAAUGAAGGAUACAAACAAUAUUGUUGCAGAUGGAGAGGCGUCGAUUGUGAUGAUCAAACCUGUAAUGUCAUCAAACUUGAUCUCUGUGGGCCUUCCACCAGUUCCCUUCCAUAUUUUCGUGUUGAGCCAUGGCAAGAAACAAUGCUCAAGCUACCAUUCCUUCAAGUCUUGAGCUUGCCUGGUUCUAAGCUCUCUCCUCCCGUCCCUUCCGUGUUACCUUCCAGUAAUUCUUUGAUGUCUGUCUCAACCCUUGAUCUCUCUUCUAAUAAUCUGAGUACUUCUAUAUACACUUGGAUGUAUAAUUUCAGCAAUCUAACUCACCUUGAUCUCUCUGGUAAUGCUUUAGAUGGUCGUACUCCCGAUGAGGUUGGUUUCCCUAGAUACCUUGGGAACAAUAUUAAUUUGAAGUUGUUACGAGUGUUUUCUCAUAGAUUAGAUGGACAGCUUCUUGAGAUAAUGAAAAACUUGUCAUGCAUGAUAGAUUCUCUAGAGUACCUGAACCUACAAGCGAAUUGGAUUGAUGGUUCACUGUCUGAGAUUGUAGCAAACUUUACAUCUUUGAGAGAACUGAGGCUCGGACGUAAUAAGUUGAAUGAAUCCAUCCCCAAAGUUGUUGGAGAACUUCCAAGUCUUAUUAUUUUGGAUUUUUCUUGGAAUGAAAUUGUGGGAUCAGUCCCCGAUCUUUUUCUGCCAUCCUUAUUGAGGGAAUUAUAUCUUUCCCAUAAUCAGUUGAGUGGUUUAACUAAGUUUAUAGGGCACCUUCCCAAACUUGAGAAGUUGUACCUUGAUUCCAAUCAGUUUGAAGGCACAAUAUCUGAAGUUGAUCUGUUCAAACUCGUUCAAUUGCGAGAGAUAGAUCUCUCUUUCAAUGCUCAACUACAUAUUCGAAUCAGUUCAAAUUGGAUUCCCCCAUUUCAACUAAAUGUCAUUCGUCUAGCAAACUGUAAAUUGGGUCCUCACUUCCCAAACGGGCAGCGGACCCAGAGUAGUUUCUGA